UUCUCCGUGUGCAAUGGCCCCGGACUCGGGUCCCCUUCGUGAAGGACCUCUCUUAAAGCUCCUACCUUUGGAUACCCGGGACCGGGGUACCCAGCGCUGUCGCCUGGGCCCGGCAGCCCUCCAUGCCUUGGGUGCGCACUUAGGCUCGGCGGUGAAGAUCACGCUGCUUGACGGCGGCUCCUGCCUUUGCACCGCCUGGCCGCGGCGGGACGGAGCGGACGGGUUUGUGCAAUUGGAUCCGCAGUGCGCGAAUCCCGGGUGGGCAGGCGAGAAGCCGAGGUUCCAGGGGAGUCUCAGCCUGAGCUGCCUCCGCCUGGUGCCCUGCCCGCCCCUUAGGCACCUCACUGUGUGGCCGAAGUUGCGGGAGCGGGCGGGCGCGCCGGGUGCUCCAAAUCCAGCCGCGGUGCUGGAGGCAGCACAGGAGCUUUUGCGGAACCGGCCAGUCUCCCAGGGCCACGUGGUGGCCGUCCCCAAUGGCGUCCCCGGCCCGGUGGCCGCCCUGCACAUCGUCAGCGGGGUGCCCAGUCCGGAUCCCGCUGGCCUGGUCACUCCUCACACCGUCAUCGGCCUCAGCGGGGUACCUCCGUCGGAAGCGCAAUCGCAGCCCGAGGUUCCCCUGGGGGGCCUUUCCGAGGCGGCCGACUCGCUGCGAGAGCUCCUCAGCCUGCCGCUCCGCUACCCCCGCGCCUUGGCCGCGCUGGGGCUAGCGGUGCCCCGCGGGGUGCUCUUGGCGGGCCCCCCGGGAGUAGGCAAGACCCAGCUAGUGCGCGCUGUAGUGCGGGAGGUGGGCGCGGAGUUACUGGCAGUGAGCGCCCCCGCGCUGCAGGGCUCCCGGCCCGGGGAGACCGAGGAGAACGUGCGGCGGGUCUUCCAACGCGCCCAGGAGCUUUCCAGCCGCAAGCCCACCCUCCUCUUCCUGGACGAGGUAGACGCCCUAUGUCCCCGGCGGGGUGGCCCACACCAAGCCCCGGAGAGCCGCGUGGUGGCCCAGGUAUUGACGCUGCUAGAUGGCAUCAGCGGGGACCGCGAGGUGGUGGUGGUGGGAUCCACCAACCGGCCUGACGCUCUAGACCCAGCGCUGCGCAGACCUGGGCGAUUUGACCGAGAGGUUGUCAUUGGGACUCCCACACUUAAACAAAGAAAGGAGAUUCUACAGGUGAUUACCUCAAAGAUGCCCAUCUGUCCUCAAGUCAGCUUGAGCCGCCUUGCAGAAAUGACAGUUGGCUACGUUGGCGCAGACCUGACAGCGCUCUGCAGGGAGGCCGCCAUGCAUGCUCUGCUUCAUAGUGGGAAGAACGAGGACAGUCCGAUGAUUGAUGAAACCGACUUCCUUGAAGCUUUUAAAAAGAUUCAGCCAUCGUCAUUUCGAAGUGUCAUUGGACUGAUGGACAUCAAGCCUAUUGGCUGGGAGCAGAUUGGUGGCCUUGAAGAUGUAAAACUGAAGUUAAAACAGAGCGUUGAAUGGCCUCUGAAAUUCCCUCGUGAAUUUGUUAGGAUGGGCCUGACACCGCCCAGGGGCGUUCUCCUGUGUGGGCCUCCUGGGUGCGCUAAAACCACCCUGGUGAGGGCCCUGGCCACCAGCUGCCAUUGCUCUUUGGUUUCUGUGAGCGGAGCUGAUCUCUUUUCACCUUUUGUUGGAGAUUCAGAAAAACUCUUGUCUCAGGUAUUUCGACAAGCAAGAGCAAAUACUCCAGCAAUUGUGUUUUUGGAUGAAAUUGAUUCAAUCCUGGGCUCUCGAUCAAUCAGCAAAACAGGAUGUAAUGUUCAAGAACGUGUUCUUUCUGUUCUCCUGAAUGAAUUAGAUGGUGUUGGACUGAAACCUAUAGAGAGAAGAGGAAGUAAAUCAGAUCAUCAGGGUAAAUACAAGGAGCUGGAAAAAAAUGAAGAGUUAGAGUUUCAAGAAGUUUUUAAUCAAAAUGUCAUGAUUGUUGCGGCAACAAAUAGACCUGAUGUGUUAGAUGAUGCCUUGUUACGGCCUGGAAGAUUAGAUAAGAUUAUUUAUAUUCCACCUCCAGAUGAAAAGGGCAGGCUUUCUAUUUUGAAAGUCUGUGCAGAAAACAUGCCAGUGGGGCCUGAUGUAUCUUUAGAAAUCUUAGCUGCAGAAACCCGUUUUUUCUCUGGAGCUGAUCUUGGAAACCUCUGCAAAGAAGCUGCCUUGCUGGCUUUGCAAGAAAAUGGACUAGAAGCAACCGCUGUGAAACAAGAGCACUUUCUAAAAUCACUUCUGACUGUAAAGCCGUCCUUAAGUCACGAGGAUUUGACUUUAUAUAAAAACUUAUUUCAGAAAGAAGGAUUUUCUAAUUUAGACGGUAUUUAAAAAUAUACCUGCUCAAGGAUUAAUUGAAAUGUGAACUCGAACUAUAGUUUGCAACUUCAUAGUUUUAGAGUUUGUGUAUAUGUUAUUUCCUGUAAAUAAAACAAACAAACGUGCCUGAGAAGCUAAGAUUUCUCUUAUUUCUAAAAGGUAUGUUAAAAUACCAUAAUUUAGGAAGAAAGUAUAUAUAUGUGUGUUGAUUUUGUAGUGGGAAUGGUGGUUUUUGUUUGGUUUUGGUUGAUUGCUUUUUUAACUUUAGUUUGAAAUAAUUUCAUACUUACAGAAAAGCUGCAAGAAUAGUAUAAAGAACUCUGAUAUAGUCUUAACCCAUAUUCACCAAUUUUUUACAUUUUGCCAUAUGCUGAACUACAGACAUACCUUAUUUUAUUCCCCUCACUUUAUUGUACUUCACAGAUGUUGCAUUUUUCACAAAUAGAAGGUAAUACCCUCUACCCAAAAAAAGAUUACAAUUCAUUUUAUUGUGAUACUUUAUUGCCGUGGUUUGGAAGUGAACCUGCAGAUCUGAGGUACGCCUGUGAUUAAGCAUAGGUAUUAUACCUAAUGCCCCUUCAAAUAUGUAGAGUUGAAAAAUUAGCACAAAGAAUACUCACAUUCCUUAUCAAUUAACAUUUUGCCAUAUUUGCUGUAUCUCUCUGUACAUUAUGCUCUUUUAAAACGAAUUCUUUGAAAGUAAGUGGCAGACAUCAUAAAGCUUUUUAUGCCUAAGAGAAAGGACAUUCUAGCUGAGUGUAAUGCCAUUAUCAUCCCUAAGAAGCUGAACAUUAUUUCAAUAAUAUCACCUAACAUAUAACUCAUUUCUGUUUUUAUUGGGAAAUGCCCUGUCUGGUUUCAGGAACUGUAGCCCCGCCGACAAACAAGAGAGCCCCAAGGUUGGAGCUAAUCAAGGAGCUCUUGGGAAGACAGGCUACUGAGGAGACAAAACCUGUCUCCCUGGCAGGGACACAGCCCCUGCCUCCCUCACAUCACCCUGCCUGGCCCUGGAAGAUGGCUGGUUAGUCAAUGACGAGUAAUACCCCUCGAUGGAAGGGGCAACCUAAGACAGGCAUAGCUGCAAUGGGCAUCAGGGAAAACCUUGGGGGACACGGAGAAAGGGCAAAGAGGCCCCCACCCCUUGGCUUUGAUAUGGCUGGGGUCCUCAAUCUAUCUGAGAGAAGUCUCCUUAUCUCCUGGCUGCUCUGCCCUCCCCGCCGGCUCAGGUUUGAAACAAUACUGGAGACGGCCCUAAACUGGAUUGGGCGGUUCCCAGGGGAAAUCAGGCCUAGAAGCAAAUUCUUUAAAGCAUGCUUUGUUUUUCCCUCAAAGGUUAUGAUAACCAGCUCAUGCGGGGAAGGAAAUGUACAUUAUUCACAGACCCUGACCCUGAACCAUCUGGCGCUGUUAUGUUUACUCGUCUCCUCUUGGACCCAUGUAAAUCGAUGUGUUCCUGCCAUUUGUUUUCUUCAAAAUAUCACCUAUUUUCUGUAAAUAUUAACAUGCUGAUGUAAUGAGAUCAUCUGUACAUUGA